AUGGCCGGGUACAACAACAGACCAUUGAGUUUCUCCGAAAGAAGAGGGAGCAUGCUUAGCGACGACAUGACGCUCAACACCGGCGGAGCCUCUAGCAGCACGAAGCUCGAGAAGAUGCCCCAGAGACCAGGACAUAUGAGGGGUCCACCAACCCCCAGCAUGUCUACUCCUGCUGCAGACUUCGAUCAGCAGUUGACCGGCUCGCCGCCGCCUCCGCCCACGCCAGCAGCCUCUCCCGGUCCUUCACACCGUCAGCUCGACUGGAGCGAUGCCGCCGAUGACGAGGACUUCUUUCUGGCCAAAGUCCGCCAUCAUUUCAAGAACUCCGGUGGUCCUCACCGUACCCGUCUAUUGGCCGACCUAUUGAAUCUUUGCACAAGUCAACAGCUGAGCUUCGUCCAUCAGUUCGUUAGCCCUCUACUAAAGAAGGAUCCGUUCACGAGUCUUCCCGAUGAGCUGUGCCUACGCAUCCUCUCCUUUAUCGACGAUCCCAAGGUGCUGGCCCGUGCCUCGCAAGUGUCCAGAAGGUGGCGAGACCUGUUGAGCGAUGAUAUGACAUGGAAGAAUCUCUGCGUAAAGCAUGACUACGGCAGGCGUCUGUCCGAGGUCUCAACGUCGAUGGGAAGUGGAUUGCGACCUGGAACACAACAUCUAUGGGGGGAUGAUUACGCCAGCAACAGUUUCCCGGGAGCCCUGCCAAUGACGGCUCAUGCUCCAGGGUCUCGCAGUCUGGAUGGUGCCGGAAACGCGCGUCCCAAGAUGAGAUCCUACAAGUCACAUUUCAAGCAACGGUAUCUUGUGGAGGCAGCUUGGAGAUCUGGCGGCACCAGCACCACCAGGAACAUCACACAAGAGGGAGGUGUUGUCACGAGCCUGCAUCUGACGCCCAAAUACAUCAUUGUGGCUCUUGAUAAUGCCAAGAUCCACGUAUUCGACACAAAGGGCAACCAGCAACGUACUUUGCAGGGCCAUGUCAUGGGUGUAUGGGCGAUGGUCCCUUGGGAUGACAUCUUGGUCAGUGGCGGAUGCGAUCGCGAUGUGCGAGUGUGGAAUCUGGCCACGGGUGCAUGCCUUCAUACUCUUCGUGGCCACACUUCAACAGUUCGCUGCUUGAAAAUGUCUGACGCAAACACGGCGAUAUCGGGCUCGCGCGAUACGACGCUUCGAGUAUGGGAUAUUCGGACCGGGUUAUGCAGGAAUGUCCUUGUUGGCCACGGUGCCAGCGUCCGAUGCCUUGAGAUCAAAGGGGACAUCGUCGUCUCUGGCAGCUACGACACUAUGGCCAAGGUUUGGAGCAUUUCGGAGGGCCGCUGCAUUCAGACGCUUCAGGGCCACUUUAGCCAGAUUUAUGCCAUCGCCUUCGACGGUAAGAGGGUGGUGACUGGCAGCCUGGAUACCAAUGUCCGAAUCUGGGAUCCCAGAACAGCUGAGUGCUUGGCCAUCCUUCAGGGCCACACGUCCCUCGUUGGGCAGCUGCAGAUGCGUGGAGAUACUCUCGUGACUGGCGGCUCGGAUGGUUCAGUACGAGUCUGGUCACUGGAGAAGAUGUGCCCCAUUCAUCGACUUGCUGCACACGAUAACAGCGUGACCAGCUUGCAAUUCGACGAUACGCGGGUCGUCAGUGGUGGCAGCGACGGUAGAGUUAAGAUCUGGGACUUGAAGACAGGCCACCUUGUUCGGGAGCUCAUUGCUCAAGGUGAGGCCGUAUGGAGGGUGGCCUUUGAAGACGAAAAGUGCGUAGCGCUAGCUUUGCGGCAAAACCGUACAGUAAUGGAGGUUUGGUCGUUCUCCCCGCCCGAGGAGGUUCUUUACGACCGUCCGCUCUCUCUUCAACAGCGUGCCUUGCAAGAGGCACCCAAUCGGCCGAUGAGUGCCAUGCAACUCGAUUACAGACAACCCCAACAGACAGUCGCAGGUCCUAGUCGAGAAGCCGCCGGAAGCCAGGAUGUGGACAUGGGAGACGCUGGACCAUCCACGGCUCCACUCCAGGGCGGCAACAAGACGUUUUUUCAUGAUGACUGA